GCAGGUUAGGUAGUGUCAAAAUAUCACGAGGUUGGUGUGCCCGCGAUUUUCGAGAUAGUCAUUAAUUUUUCUAUUAUUUUAUUCAAUAAACUUAAUUUAUUACAUUAUUCUAUGAACUAUACAAACUUAUGAUCUUAGACUUUUUAUUUGAAUAGUUGUUUCGGAGAAAAAGCUAAACGUUUAUCAUUUUAUAACCUUCGUCACUGGAGCCCGAUUGUUGAUGAUUGUGUAAUAAAUAAAAUUAAAGUGUUUUUUGCACUAGUUUUUGUACUUACACAGCAAAAACAAAUGUGUUCAUAGUCUGUGUAAACCAUUAUACAAAUACAGAUUGUGUGAGUCAUUUUUGCACAACAUGUUUUAAGAAACAAAAAUGUUGAACACACUAUGCAAAAACUACAAGAUUCCAUACAAAAUAUUAUGCCUAACAAGUUAUAAUAAUGUCCUAAAAAUACAACUGAAAACGUGGGCCAGAAGUCCAGUAUUUCUAAACCAAAGACUAGAAUGUAGAGUGCAUUCCACACAGAGUGAUUCCCAUAGACAAAAAGUUGUUAUAGAGACAACAGUUCCUAAAAUUGCCAUAGACAAGAAGAAGUUAGAUUUAUGGAAUACGGUUGAGCCGUACGUGAAACUUGCCAGAUGGGACAAACCGAUAGGCGUGUACCUGUUGUACUGGCCGUGCACAUGGUCCAUAGCCCUGGGCUCGCUCCCCGGGACCGUCCCGCUGCAAACCAGCCUGCAGACCGCGGCGCUGUUCCUGGUGGGAGCCGGGCUCAUGAGAGGCGCGGGAUGCACCAUUAAUGACUUGUGGGACAGGGAUGUUGAUGCGCAGGUGGAGCGCACAAAAGACAGACCAUUAGUGUCGGGCGUCAUAACGUCCAAACAAGCCGUGUAUUUUUUGGCGGCACAAUUGACAUUAGCGCUGGGAGUCUUGUUACAACUGAACUGUUACAGCGUCGCACUAGGCGCGAGUAGUAUGCUGCUCGUCGUAACUUACCCGCUAGCGAAACGAUUCACCAACUACCCUCAAAUGUUCCUCGGAGCGACCUUCAACUGGGGGGCCUUAUUAGGGUACACGGCCAUACAGGGCAGUUUGAACCCCAGCGUCUGCCUGCCUUUGUAUGGAGCCGCCUUGGCUUGGACGGUCGUGUAUGAUACAAUUUAUGCGCAUCAGGACAAACUGGACGACGCCCGCAUCGGCAUGAAAUCCACCGCGCUGACUUUCGGCGCUCGCACGAAACCCGUGCUGGCGGCGUGUCUGUGCGGCAGCGGCGCCGCUCUGGCCGCCGCCGGAGUCUCCGCCGGACUAGCGGCGCCGCACUACGUCGCUGUAGCCGCUUACGUGGCGCACGUGGGGAGGCAGAUCUACACGCUGGACGUGGACAAUCCUGACGACUGCGCCAAAAAGUUCAAAUCUAACUCCUUAGUCGGCCUUAUUAUCUUAUUAGGCAUCGUAGGAGGCGGCUACCAGCAAUAUAUCGACAACAGGGAGAAGAAUAAAGGCAAAGAAAACUUGGAUGUGGUCAAAAGCUGCGUUUUUAGCUAAAACAAAUAUAACACAUAGGAAUUGUGAGGUGUUUUUUUAGAAACUCAAAAUUAGAUCGAUAUUGAAAUUAGGGUUAUUUAUUUGUUGUUACAUUGGGUGUAGCUCGAAGAUCUAUUUUACGUAAGCAAGCAACAAAUAUAAGUCUGUUAAUAACCUAACUUGAUUGAUAAUGGGGCUUAUUCGCUUACGUCGGCAGGUAAUAAAUCUCUGUCUUUCUUUUUGGUUCAAAUCAGAGUUAGAAAGGGAGGGAAGAUAAGGCAUGUGCCUUAUUCGUGAAAAAACGUUGUUAUUUGCCGAUUCAGUGAGUCGAUAUGUGAGUAUGAUUUAAAUGUCAUCAUAAAUGCUAUUUUCCGAACUUUGUCAGAUACCAGUCGUUUCUCGUCUAACAUUUCUCGCCUGAGACACGAUGUUUCUUACCUUGAACAUGAUAUUUCUCGUCAUAAGAGCGAUGCUUUAUAGUAAAAAAGUUAACUUUCUCAUAAGAUACCAAUGUUAACGUCAAAGAUGCGUCUUUUCUUAUCAAAAGAGCAAGUGGAGAAUGAUUGUAAAUCAAUGUUUCCACUAUAAUUUGUUACUUAUCAUUAUUUAUUACUUUUAUUUUAUAAACCAUAUUAAUAUUUUAAAUAACCGAAAUUUGGGACAGCUUAAAGACACACAAGUAUUUAUGCAAAUUUUUUUAUAUCAAUGAAAUGAUAAACUGAAAUUUCAAAGUUACUUUAAAUUGAACAAAUAUUGUCACGAUAUGAGUGAGUGUUACUACUUUUGUAAAUGUGUGUUAUUGCAUAAACAAUUUAUAAUUGCAUUAGUAAUUUUGACUUUUAGCGAUUAAUGGUUAUUUGAACGGGUAUAAUAAUUGUCACCAGUAGAAGUAUAAGACGGCGUAUUUUAUUAGAAAAAAUAAAUAAAAAUAUUUAAAUGUACAAGAUACCUUUGACAAAUAUUUGUAUAAUAAAAUGAUUCGUUGAUUUAUAAUUAGAAUUAGUUUUAAACAAGUGGCUGUGUUAAUAUUUAUAUAUUAGCAGUUGUCAACUUUUGUUCCUAAAUAUAGUUAAUUGGGUUUUAGUUUUUUAAUUUAGGAAUAUAGUUUCAAUUAUUAAUUUUUUUUUUCAUACAAAGCGCACUUUUAAAUAAAAAGCAUGUUAGUUGAGCUUAAAACGACAAAUACAACUUUAAAAAAAAUUAUAUCGAUAAUCCAAUAGUGAAAAAUCAAGGUCGUGACCUGAGGCGUACCCCAAGCUCCUAUCCAGGGAUAUGAUAAAAAUGGCAGAAAUUGUGUCAGGAGGAAGAUAUUGAUCCGAGAGAAAAACAUGGAAGAAAAUCUUAUAUAAAUUUAGAUAAAAUAAUGUGAAAAUUAUUAAGCGAACACUUUGGAAAAACAAUAUUUUUAUAGUUUUAAUUUUUUUAAUGGUGCCUAGUGUAUUUUUCUAACUACAUCCUACUUCUAACGUUUAUACCCUUAUGGUUGAACCUUCUUAUUGGUUUUUAAAACAAUUUAAAAAAAUACAUGAAUAAGUUAAUAACAAAAUAAUCGAAAAUAUAUUUUGUACUUUCCUGGAAAACAAAAAUUUCUUUUUUUAUACCUACUUAUCACUUAUGUUCUUUAGAGAUAUUGUGUUUGUGUGCGUCUAGUCAUUAGAUUUUGUAU